AUGAAGCUCGACUCGUUGAAGCUCCCAAUUUGGGUGCUUUCUGGGAUUCUCCCUGUUAAGUGGUUGAACGACAGAUUCAUAAAAUUCAUAUCUGACAUGCUACCUGGAACCUUUCCCGACAGCGAGUUCAUUGACAGAUCAAGAGAUUCAAGUUGCUUCAUGAAUCCAAUUUUGUCUGGGAUCCAUCCUGUUAACCGAUUUCGGGACAAGUCCAGUGACCUGAGUUCAACUAGACUUGUUAUUUCCCUCGGGAUUUCACCGGAUAGAUUGUUCACAGAAAGAUUCAAGGACUCUAAACGUGUAAGAUAUCCUAUGGAAUCCGGUAUUCUUCCAUACAAGUUAUUGUUGCAUAAAUUCAACACUUUCAGUGAUUUCCAUUUCACAAAACAUUCGGCCGGCAACUCUCCAGAUAGAUUGUUUCCCCCAAGAUUAAGAUAUUGCAGUGCAUUAGGUGCUGUGUUGCAGAGAAACUCUGACAAAUCUCCCGAGAAUGAGUUAUUGGAGAGAUCUAAGUCGUCGAGGCAAUGGACCACUAAACCUGUUGAAGCUCAAGUAGAAAAACUGGUUAGAGCUACCAUAAUCAUCUACAGGGUCACUGAUGACUGGAAUCUUAGAGUUGAGUUGGUUAUGCGAAAGGUUGAGAAAAUUCAUUCUCCAUAA